CGAUCGUCCGAGAACUACGCCGCUGAUUGUAUUGCGACACUCAUUUUAAGCACAAGUGUUAAGGUGGCUGUAGAUAACUGUUUCAGUCAGCGGUAUCUCGGUGAAUAAGUGAAGCGAAGCUACCUGCGAACGUUUAUAAUACCCGAGAUGAGAUUUGCUCUUCACUGCAGUGCAGCUUCUUCUUGUGAAAGAUGUCAAUUUCCGAUCGUUCGAUCACGUUCUCCGUCAUCUUCUGUCUAGCAGUCAACUGGCUUGUCUGCAAUGUAAUCGCGUUGGAUAAUCGAAUAACAGAUGUUGUACAUCGGCACGUCAGAGCCUUGACUUACCCCGAGGACAGUGAAAUGGGGAUUUUCUUCGCCUUGGCUAUACCCCUGGAUGAUCCGGUAUCUACGAAGUCGAUUUCGGUCGCGUUUUUCUUCGAGGCUAACUACGAGCUGCCUAGUAACGUGACGGAUUUUUAUCCCGAGCUCGAGGGAGCGAGAGGAAAACGGUCAAUCGACAGAAGGACGAUCUACGCGAUACUGGAAUCGAAAUUUGAGUCACUCGGUGUCAACGGUACGGAGUGUCUUCUCAGAUCGAUAUGCGAGACGACGAGGAAUCCGAUCCACGAAAACAACGGGGUCGUCGGUGACUUGAUGAGAAUCAUUUUAACACCAUCUUCAUCCGCCGACGAGGGUCUUGCCGUUGAAUAUUCCACGGCAGAAGCGACAGGACAGCGGAGAGGCGAACUCCCGUGCAGCAAGGCGUACCCUCUCUGUCCCUUCGGAAUUUACGACUACAUAACAACCGUGUAUGAACACGUCGUCUGGCAAAAUACAUCAGCGAUGAAGAACUACUGCGUAAAUAUGUUGGUGAUCGUGAUUUUCACCACUAACAUUUGCUGCCGUGCUACCGACAAAUUUUCCGUCCGAGAUCUGCUUCGCAGAAAGAGAUACCUCGUCUUUCCUGAUCCGCUGGACAGCGAGACCAAAGUGCAGGUGCUCUUCGGGUUGGGUCUUCCGAUGGAGGGUGAGGUCUCCAUGACCCUUGGCUAUGUUCUCAAGUGUAACUACGACCUACCGUACAACGCCUCCGUUUUCACGGACCCCUACAUCCGGUACGAAAGGUCAGCCGAUGAGAUCGAGAUACCGGAUAAUAACAGCGCGACUGACGUGCGGGAUACCAAAGGCACUACUUCGAGAUGGAGCAUUUACAAGAUGCUCGAAACGGCGAUGGAGACCUUCGGCGAAGGCAGAGCCUGUCUUCUUCGUGCCGUCUGCGAGGCCGCCGAGACGCCCUUCAAGGAAGACCACGGCCUUCUGGGCGAACUUUUGCACGUGCUGCUCACUCCGUCGACUACAAAUGAGGAACACGAGACGAGCACGGACCAGGAGUACCAUGCCGCCGAGAUACUGGGCAGCACUUCCGGCGGAAAUUGCCGGUCACUCUUCCCCGAGUGCGAAAGCAGUCCGCUCGAUUAUUUCACCGAAAUGGGGCGUUCGCAUUGAAUUGAUGUCGGCGGAGGGUUUCGAAGCGCUUUAUAAAUUUCACUCGCGAUCGUAAAGCCGAUUUUUUCAUCCUCAAUUGUUAAUCCGUGAUAGAGAGAGCGCCAAUAAUCAAGAGUUUUGCUUCGAAAGCAUCAUCCUCUCUUUACUGCUAUCGUCACUUGAAAAUAAAAGGAUAAAUUUCUGAUAUUCUUUUUCGAUGUGCUAUGGCUUCGAUAUAGACCAUACAGCGUACGGUAUUCUUUUUCCAUUACCAUUCAUUCGAUCCAAUGUACUUAUACCUAUGACUCAUAUUUAUGAACAGAAU